UUAUGAGGCUUCCAGUUCGACCAUAAACAUUCUGACCCUGACUCCAGUGUUCAGACCAGUCUAUGGUUCAGACAGUGAGGCAAGUGGAGCCAUGUGAGAGUCAGGCCUAGGUCGAGUCGUAAUAUAUACUUACGAAUUUGAUUUGUUCACUUUAAAAAGAUAUCCACACGGAUAAACGCAAAGUCGCUUUCGAGUCUGCAAGGGCAACUGGGAGAACACGAGUCUAGGGUUAGCUUGGGAAGCUAGGUAGCUACAGUAACGUUAGCUAGUUGCUAACGUUAGCUGUUGUAUGCUUUUGCAGAUUAUAUCUCUGGCUGUUAAGAUAUCCAAAACCUUUGCUAGCAACUGACCUCCACGCGACACGGGCAUUGGAUUAGUGAUUCUCACGUUACCCAUUUCUCCUUGCCCCCUGUCCCCCAGGCCAAAAGACAAAGUGGUGCCCUGUGUACGGGUCCUGAGAAUAUGAGACAGAAUGAGUCAGAGAGAUACCUUGGUUCAUCUGUUUGCUGGAGGGUGUGGGGGAACGGUAGGAGCCAUCCUGACCUGUCCCCUGGAGGUGGUGAAGACCAGGCUCCAGUCAUCCCACAUUACGCUCUAUGUGUCCGAGGUGCAACUCAGUACUGUCAAUGGACCCAGCGUGGCCCGGAUGACCCCUCCAGGACCCUUACACUGCCUCAAGUUGAUUCUUGAGAAAGAAGGAGCACGCUCUCUGUUCAGAGGCCUUGGGCCUAACCUUGUAGGCGUGGCCCCCUCCAGAGCCAUCUACUUUGCUGCUUACUCCAGUGCCAAAGAGCAACUGAAUGGUGUGUUGGAGCCCGACUCUACACAGGUCCACAUGGUGUCGGCUGGCUUGGCAGGGUUCACGGCCAUCACAGCCACCAACCCCAUCUGGCUUAUCAAGACUCGCAUGCAGCUGGACUCCAGGAACCGCGGGGAGAAGCCCAUGAAUGCGUUUGAGUGUGUCCGGCGGGUCUACCAGACGGAAGGCCUGCGAGGGUUCUACCGCGGCAUGUCGGCGUCCUACGCCGGCAUCUCAGAGACUGUGAUCCACUUUGUGAUCUAUGAGAGCAUCAAACGGCGCCUCCUGGAGGCCAAAGCCGCACAGCACAUGGACGAGGACGAGGAGUCCACCAAGGAUGCGUCGGACUUUGUGGGGAUGAUGCUCGCCGCCGCCACCUCCAAGACAUGUGCCACGUCCAUCGCUUAUCCUCACGAAGUGAUCCGGACCCGGCUACGCGAGGAAGGCACCAAGUAUCGCUCCUUCUUCCAGACUCUGACCAUGGUUCCCAAGGAGGAGGGAUACAGAGCUCUGUACCGCGGCCUCACCACACACCUUGUUCGACAGAUCCCCAACACAGCCAUCAUGAUGUGCACCUACGAGCUGGUGGUCUACCUGCUAAACGGUUAACACCUUGGAAUAUGAGCCCAGAACCCCGCAGAGACGGGAGAGAGAAGGACAAAUGGCACAGAGAUUCCCCAAACCAUGAAGACCCUAAACCAGAGAGGGGUCGUCUGUCAUCACUCUAGUCCCUCUACCCUCUGUCUGAAACUAAAGCAAACUGUCCCUGUUAUUUUGGAUUUGAUGAUUUUCACAGGUGCACAAUAAAAAGGGGUUGUUAGGAAAAUACCCUGUUAGUUUUGGGGAUAUGGUUUAAUUGUCAACAAACCGCUCUUGUAGUCUUUAGGCCCCUCAAAAUAUUACUGGUUUUCUAGCUCUCCAAACCUUAUUACAGAAGCAUUGCUUACUUGAGCAUGUAAGUUAGAGAUUUUUUUAAAAAGUCUAACAAUACUAAUAAUAUAAGAGAAGGAAUCCCACUUAACAGCAGUCCUUUCAGCUUGGGAUUGUUGAAGGUCUUUAUGCAUUCCCUGGUAUCUGCUGAAAAGGGCUGUACAUGAGGGAGCUAACACUGACAUCCCAACCCCUCAGUCAAGAGGCCUCCGACUUUGUUGCUUGGUUGUAUAACCAUCGAACCAGUUUGACAUGCUUCUCGGGUUUUCCAGUCAAGAAGCCAGUUAGUAAUUCAGGCUUGUUGAGUUCAGGGAGCCCACGGGUUUUGGUUGGGGUAGGAUGUUGGAUCGAAGUAGUUGUGGGAUGUGCCCUGCCUUGUGAUGACUGUCUUUGAACUGACCUUAUGUAGAUGAACGGUUGUGGUGUGCUAUCUUAGACCACAGUGGACCUCAGGCAUUCAGAACCACACAGUGCUGGUCGGGUCAGUUUGGUAUUCAGGAGCAUGCCCGGUCCCCUCCCACUCUGGUCGGUCAGCAACACACAGAUGUUACAGGAGCUGGUCCACUCUAGGGCAGGCCUAACCUAAUCUCUUAGACUGACACUGGUAGUUGAUACCAGUCAUACUUGAAGCAUGGAGACAUGCAGCAGUGUAGCCUGCUAUAUUGUCUGGUCAGUGUGGAUGCAGGCCUGUGGAUUCUGUGUGUUUGUUCUCUGAAGUGACUGAGUGAUGCUAAGAACAACUGAACCGUUCCCGCUAGCAGCAGUCAUUCAACAUUUUGAACUACUUGAAUAUAAACCCACGCAAGGAAUAACAAAUGAAUGACUAUGGGAGUGAAGCGAUGACCAACCUUUGUAAUUGUUAACGAAAAACAUUUUAUUAUACAACUUUAACAACUCAAUUGUAUUGAUAAGAAUAAUUAUAUUAAAUAUAUUAAUGUCUUCAUCUCGAAGUAACUGUUGCAUUUUCUUUUGUGUGGAGCGGAGGGGUGAUUUUUUUUUUUCUUCUCCCCAUCGGCCGCUAGAUAACGGUGUGUCUGUGUGCAAUUUUCUGUAGCCCUGCUCUGGUCUACAGAGGCAUUUCUUAUCUGCAUCAGAAUCCAAGCAAUUGUCAGUCCAGUUUUAACUUUGGAGAUGUGUUGUACAGUUUAGAAUACUUUUGUGUGUGUGAGAAAUGAGUACACGAUAGAGACCAUAUGUUUCUUAUCCCCAUAUCUUGUGCAUUAGAUUAUAUGAUGUGCAGUUUAACGUGUUUAUAAAAGAAAUAAGACUGCAUUUCUAACUGAUUUUCAAACAUUUCCCUUUUGAAGCUGGAUUUUCUCUGUUUCUGGUUUUGUUUUAUGUUAAACUGAUGUUUUUUGAUGCCCUUGCCUUGGAAACCAAAAUAUUCUUACUCAAUACUUUGUUGGCCACUUUAUUUCUGUUUUUUCAUUUUGAUACUGUGAGAAGUCAGUGUUCAUAAACUUUGUCUGUGUUGUUUACAGCCUAAUGUAACCAUGGAGAUGCCCUCACCUACUGACCUUUACCUGCUUGUGCAACGUGAGCACACAGAGCCUUUACCGCACCUCAGCCUCAGUGCUACCAAUCAGUCAAAUAUCCUCAAGUUAUUUAAUCCUAGAAAUAGCUAACAUUUAAAUGCUAACAUUUAAUUAAAAGUCAAAUUCAAUAUUAAUAAAUGUUAAUGACAUAACUUGGGUUGUAAUAUUUACUGUGUACCAGCCAAAGUGAUUAUGAAAUAAGAAUGAAUUGAAUGGAUUACGAGACACUCCAGGCCACUCUUAAAUGUCUGAAAUUAAAUCAGUAUGUCAUACACAAUUUUAAAUAACCACCCUUUUUUUCCUUUGAAGUAAAAAAUCUAAAGAAAUUUGUGUGGUGCCCAGGUCAAAAUGAUUGUCCAGAAGCAUUCAAUGACCUCACUAAAUGAAUGGUGUUAGUCCCAUCUCUGCAGAUGGUCAACGGUAAAACCAGAAGGAUCCUGCUUAUGACCAUCUCAAGGUAUACAUUGCAUUGGAAAACUGCUUCCUUAUAACUAUUGUAUUGAUAAGAAUACACAUUGAUACAUUGCUGGAAUGUCUGUUCAAAGUGUGCUCUGACCCUGAACUAGUGGAUUGUUUCUUGCUGCUACGCUCAACGCCAUGGUUGAAGUGUUCUGGCCACAGCCACUGACAGCAGGCAGAUCUACUCAAACUAAACUGUUGCUGGAUGCCUCUAAUGACUUUGUGUCCACGUUUUUAUUUUGAGUUUAUCACUGUGUUUGUACUUGGAUGUUACACAGCUUCUUUCACGUUUUUUCUGGUCCCCUGUACUUUACAGUCUUGUGAGACCGUAAAGUAUGCACUCAGUCCUUUUACAGGUAACAGUGUUUCAUUAUUUUAUUCCCUCGAUUUUUUUCCCUAAUCUGUUAUGCAUUUUUUCAUGAGGUCUUUGAAGAGCCUUAUAGAAGUAUGUCUGGUUAUGCAUUUUCUUCUUACACCCCUGGUUUGUAAAUCAGUCAAUAAAAAAAGAGUGCAAGUAUUUAAGAA